CUCAGAUUAUCUCAUCCUCUCUCUCUGCGAUUCAGAUGAUCUCAUCCUCCUGACGCCGCUGACAUGUCAACUCCAGAUACACCAGGAGCACCUGGAGGUCCGGACGGCGAGGGCAGUCCAGCUCCGCCCCCAAACCUGACCAGCAACAGACGACUGCAGCAGACGCAGGCGCAGGUGGACGAGGUGGUGGACAUCAUGCGAGUCAACGUAGACAAAGUCCUGGAGCGAGACCAGAAGCUGUCGGAGCUGGACGACCGCGCCGACGCCCUGCAGGCCGGCGCCUCCCAGUUCGAGAGCAGCGCCGCCAAACUCAAGAACAAGUACUGGUGGAAAAACUGCAAGAUGAUGAUCAUCAUGGCAGUUAUAGGUGUUAUAUGCUUUGGCGUCAUCUUCUUGUAUUUCUUCUACUGAGCUUCUUCUUCUUCUUCAGCAACGAACACAAACUGAAAAUCUUCACACAAAACUUAACGUUACUUUGUUCUGUAAAAAAAUGUGUUUGUGUCAAAUUCAGCGUAAAAUUUAGAAGAGGAAGAAAACAGAAGUCACACAUUAAUGAUUUGAUAUUGAUUUGAUUGAAUAAUGAAAAUGAUCAUUUUUGUUUAAAUGUUUUUGACUCACAUCAUUGUUUCUGCCGCCCCCUGGUGUUCAGUAGUGGAACUGCUUGGUCAUAAAAUUCCACGUUUAAAUUUGACAGAAAGUUUUUUUUCCUCCGAUUGUUUUAUUAAUUUAUCUAAUUUGCUGUCAUUUUAAAAACUAAGAAACGAAUGAAAAUCACGUAAUAAUGCGAAAAAUGUUCACGUUAAAAUGAGUUAAUUUUGUGUUAUAAUGAAGAAAAAAAAAUAAUUUUCACCAAAACGUGAAGAUGAUUUGACCGCGAUUUUAACUUUAAUCAUUUUUGUUGUUUAAAUGUAAACGUGUUGUUUUGAGGUGAAAUGAAUGAAUUUCUUGUGUAUAAAAGAUUUUUUCUUAACUGAGAGUAAAGAGUGAGUUAUUUAUUUAACAAAUUAAAGCAUGAUUAUUGUAAAAGUUUUAAGUUAAAAAAGAUUAUUCAGAUUAAAGCCUGAGCUCAAAUAAAUGCAUGAAUGCAAGAGAAA